AUGUCCCAUUACAAGGGAUUUCUGUAUAAAUGGACAAAUUAUUUAAAGGGCUACCAAAAAAGAUGGUUUGUUCUGCAGAAUGGUCUGCUAUCUUAUUAUAGAAAUCAAGCAGAAAUGGCCCACACUUGUCGAGGAACAAUCAAUUUAGCUAAUGCUGUAAUACACACUGAAGAUUCCUGUACAUUUGUCAUCUCCAAUGGUGGAGCUCAAAGUUUUUAUUUGAAAGCUGUAUCAGAAGUUGAAAGACAAAAAUGGCUAACAGCAUUAGAAUUGGCUAAAUCUGAAGCUAUUAGAAUCCAAGAAGUUGAAAGUGAUGAAGAAGAGCCUCAACCUGAUAAAAAUGAACUUCAGAAAUCCCUGAGAACUUUAAACAGUAAAUUAGAAGAUUUAAACACCUGUAAUGAUCUAAUAGCUAAACAUGGUUCCGCUCUACAGAAAACUCUAUCAGAACUAGAGCAACUUGAGUCCCCUACAGAUGCACAUAAUAAAGUGAAAGCUGUCAAUGAACGAGCUACAUUAUUUCGUAUUACUUCCAAUGCCAUGAUCAAUGCCUGUUCUGAGUUCUACGACCUAGCCCAGACAAAUGGUCGUCGCUGGCAGAGAAUGUUGCAACAUGAACACGACCAAAGACUGAAGCUAGAGGAAAUGGUGGAACAGUUAGCCAAGGAUCAGGUGUCCUUAGAAAAUAAAGCACGCAAGUCCUUACAUGGGGGAAAUAAUAAUCAUAAUUCUGGUUCCAACCCUUCAGAUGAUGAGGAUUUUUUUGAUGCAUUGGAUCACCAAGUGGAGGAUGAGUUUAAAGUGGCGCUUCCACCAAAACCAGAAAAACUUCACAGAAGAACUGAUAGUGAUUUUAGUAUGGAAAGUUUUACCAAUGAAGUAUCUAGUGAAUCCGAAUCUGAAAUACCAAUAUCAGAAGCUUGUGUCUUUACUGCCAAAACUAACUCACCUAAAAGAAACCAGGAUAAACUUAAAGUUCGUCAGCUGACAUCUGAAUCACUGAAUGCUAGUGGUGAAACGUCUAAUAAACGAGUCCGUCGUAAAAAGAUACCAGAUCGUCCAAAUUAUAGUCUUAAUUUAUGGAGCAUUAUGAAGAAUUGUAUUGGAAAGGAGUUAUCAAAAAUUCCAAUGCCGGUUAACUUCAGUGAGCCUUUAUCCAUGUUGCAACGAAUCACAGAAGAGUUUGAAUAUGCAGAUUGUCUGCACAAAGCUGCUAAAUGUGAUGAUUCUGCUGAACAGUUGGCGUGGGUAGCAGCAUUUACAAUAUCAGCAUUCUCGACUACGCUUCAAAGGACCGGUAAACCCUUUAAUCCAUUGUUAGGAGAAACUUAUGAAUGUGAUAGAACUGAUGAUUUGGGUUGGAGAAAUAUUGCUGAGCAGGUCUCGCAUCAUCCACCAGCAUUAGCCAUGCAUACAGAAGGUAAAGGUUGGACAUGUUGGCAAGAGUUUACCAUGACAAGUAAAUUUCGUGGAAAAUAUUUACAGAUUAUUCCCUUAGGGAUAGCUCAUUUAGUCUUUCAUAAAUCUGGUAACCACUAUACAUGGCGUAAAGUGACAACUACUGUACAUAAUAUAAUAGUUGGUAAACUAUGGGUAGAUAACCAUGGUGAGAUGGAUAUAACUAAUCAUAAAAAUGGUGAUAAAUGUCAUCUCAAAUAUUCAGCUUAUAGUUAUUUCUCUAGAGAGACUCCUAGAAAGGUAACUGGAGUAAUAACUGAUAUAACCAAUAAACCACGCUGGGUUUUAACUGGUACCUGGGACAAUCAGAUGGAAGGAGCCCAGAUUUUACAUGUUGAAGAAUCUAAUAAAGGCAAACCAGUGUUUGAAACAGGUCCUCACAAAGUUAUGUGGAAAUGUAGACCUCUGCCGCCAGGAGCAGAUAAAUGUUAUAAUUUCACCCAGCUGGCUAUAGAAUUAAACGAACCAGAAGAUGGUGUGGCUCCAACUGAUUCUAGAUUACGACCUGAUCAGAGAUUAAUGGAGGAAGGUAAAUGGGAUGAGUCAAACAACUGUAAAUUAUUAAUAGAAGAAAAACAACGUGCUACGAGGAGGAAACGUGAACAGGAGGCUGAGAAAGCAGCUAAUGAAGGUCGUGAUUUUCCACAGUAUCAGGCAACAUGGUUUAAAAAGGAUAAAGAUCCGAUAACAGGAAACUUAAUUCACCAGUUUAACGGUAAAUAUUGGGACUGUAAAGCUAAACAAAACUGGUCAGACUGUCCGCAUAUAUUCUUGUGA